CACGGGGGGCGGAUUUGGGGAUUUGCGAGGCUGUUCACUAUGUGCGCUGCCGCCGCGUACACAUCGCGAGUGUCACUCCUGAGCUGAUUAGCCCCGAUCCCUCCGGGCUGCGGAUCUCACGGCGCACGGCGAGCUCCUUCUACUGCCCCGGCGGCUGCCAACAUGCCCCUGCCCUCCGGCACUGGGAAGCCUCGGACCUCCCCGCUGCACGGUGUGACAUUCAACUAAUCACCCCCCACCGUGGCUUCUGUCUCUGCCCCACUUGGCACGUACUGCACCCCCUACCCUCUCCUGGGCAGAACUCCCCACCCCAACUGGGGCAGGAAGGAACCCAGGAAGUUUAUGAAGGUUCUAUUCUGAGAUCUUUGACUUCAAAGUAUGGGAAGCACAGCCAUGGACACAAAGAAGAAGAAAGAGGCUUCCAAGAAGAGCAGCAGCCAGAAGAAGAGGAUGCUCAGGGUCCACAUUCCUGACCUCAGCUCCUUUGCUAUGCCAUUUUUGGAUGGAGACCUGGAAAGUUCAGACAAAAAUGUCCAAAGAAAGACAGAAGAGUGCAGCAGCACCGGCAGCCCUUCGAAAAGCUUCUUCCCCAGAGGUCUUCAAAACCGACCAUCCAGUCCUUUGUCAGCACCGGUUAGGUCAAAGUGCAGCCCCGGGUCGCCGAAAACUGUGUUUCCAUUCCCACAUCAAGAGUCACCUCCUCGCUCGCCUCGACGGAUGAGCUUCAGCGGCAUCUUCAGGUCCUCCUCCAAAGACUCUUCAUCCCCCGGUUCACACGCAUCUACCUCGCCUGGUGGCAUCAAGUUCUUCACAAGGUCAAGAAAAGCCUCAGGACUCUCCUCUUCCCCGUCCACCCCCACGCAAGUGACCAAGCAGCCCAGCUUUCCCCUGGAAUCCUACAAACAUGAGCCAGAACGGUUAGAAGCCCGAUUACGCUCGUUCUCCUCCCCGCCGGACACAGGACAGAGGUUUUCAUUGCCCCACGUGUCGAUGACUGUGACAAAAUCCUCUUUAGCGACAUCAUCACCCAGCACUACCUCAAAAACAGCUCAAGGCAACGCGGAAGGGAUGCUGGAGAAGCUGGAGCUGGACGAGGAAGCUGUCGAAGAAUCAGAAAGUGACAUCUACAUGCGCUUCAUGAAAUCGCACAAGUGUUACGACAUCGUCCCGACCAGCUCCAAACUUGUUGUGUUUGACACAACGUUACAAGUAAAAAAAGCCUUUUUUGCAUUAGUGGCGAAUGGCGUCCGAGCUGCUCCUCUGUGGGAAACGAAAAAUCAGAGUUUUGUAGGUAUGUUAACAAUUACAGAUUUCAUAAAUAUUUUGCAUCGAUACUACAAAUCCCCGAUGGUACAGAUUUAUGAACUAGAAGAACACAAGAUAGAAACCUGGAGGGAACUGUAUCUGCAAGAAACAUUUAAACCUUUGGUGAACAUCACUCCGGAUGCAAGCCUUUAUGAUGCAGUGUACUCACUGAUAAAAAACAAAAUCCACAGACUGCCUGUUAUCGACCCGGUCAGUGGAAACGCACUUUAUAUUCUCACCCACAAGAGAAUCCUCAAGUUCCUUCAGCUUUUUGUGUCGGAGAUGCCGAAGCCGGCCUUCAUGAAGCAGAACUUGGAGGAGCUGGGAAUAGGAACGUACCACAACAUUGCCUUCAUUCAUCCGCACACUCCCAUCAUCAAGGCUUUGAAUAUAUUUGUGGAAAGAAGAGUGUCUGCGUUACCCGUUGUGGACGAGUCCGGAAAAGUUGUAGAUAUUUAUUCCAAGUUUGAUGUAAUUAACCUUGCUGCUGAAAAGACGUACAAUAAUCUAGACAUCACCGUGACGCAGGCGCUCGAGCACCGCUCGCAGUACUUUGAAGGUGUGGUGAAAUGUAGUAAGUCGGAAACACUGGAGACUAUUGUGGACCGAAUAGUGAAAGCCGAGGUGCACAGACUGGUAGUUGUAAAUGAAGCAGAUAGCAUUGUGGGAAUUAUAUCUCUGUCUGAUAUUCUUCAAGCCUUGGUGCUCUCUCCAGCAGGUACCAAAAGAAGGGAGAGCGAGGUGGAAUGACCGACAUGAAUGCAGAAUCCAAAAUGUGGUGUUUUGUUUUGUUUUUUUAUUUUGUUGGUUUUUGGUCGAACUUGAAUGAUGGUUUAUGUGUCAAACCUUUUGCCUCUGAAACGCCGACUGCACACAGAUGAUCAAGGAACGGGUUUUCGGGCUACGUGUACCGUGAGUCGGUGGUGGGCAGCCCUCUUCCUCAUUUUACUGGGUUAUUGUUACCCGGCAGAAUGUGGGUUAAACAGGAGUAAAGGAAAAAAGACGAGGUGUCGCUGAAAAAGGUUAAUAUAAACUUUUUGGGGGGUUUUCCCCUCUCUCGCACAUAUCAGAACUGAGGUUUCAUUGCCGCUGAUACUUUCCUUGUCUACGUAUAUAAGAUAAUUUUUGCCCGUGGUGUGUUCUGAUUAUAAAUGGCCCGAGAUUUUGGGGUGAACUUGCCUUUGUCUGCGAUGAAUACAAUAUGAAUGCACUGUACUGAAUGUGAAAGGUAUCUUAACCCUUUGAGAUCUGCAGGGGAAGGGGAGCUAACUUCCUUCCAGCACUCAAAAGGU